UGAAAAAACUUCGCGAUAUGGAAUCUGAUGGACCAGAAGCCAACAUGCGGACCGAGUACCUUAAGCUUCUCCUCUUCGUCAUGCAGCGCAACAAACUCGCUGGAAUAUUUGAAAAAGCUCCACCGGAUGGACCGCUGCAGGCUUUUCCUCCAAAUUACAAGGUCCCCAGGUCAAUUGUAGUUAAAUGCGAUAAUUUGUGACGAAUAUCGAGCUACUUCGCUGAGUACAUUAGGCUCUGAAUUUUUGGUAAAAAAAAUUUGCAACAUCCAUUCAAAAAAUGCCAGAUGAAAAAAGGAAAAAUUUUCAAGUUGAAAUCAGUAUGUACAUUUUAUUGUUAACGUCGUCAGGCUACGGAAAUGCUGUCUUUAGUCAAGCCGAGAAAAGCAGCAGCGCUAGCUUAUCCUCCGGUAUUCACAUCCGUCGGAGGUGAUCUUUGUCAGUUUGUGGCUGUUCAGGAGAUUCCUAAUUUCGGGCUUCAUGGCUACUACGCCAUUUCAAUUGAACCAUUGUCAAAAUGGUCACACGCCAGUACGAAUGCGGCCAAGAAGGCGAAACUGAAGCCCAAGCAUUUCGCCGAUUGUUUCAAAGACACGUGCAAACUUGCCGAGGAUACUUACCAUUCAAAGAAUAAGCCUGACAAACCGGCUUCUUCGUCGUUAUCAACAUCGCAACAGCAGAUGCCAGAAUCUGCCAAUAAAAUUUCUCAGGAAAUUACUGAUCCUGAAAACACAGAAACUGGUUCUGAAAAUAAGAAAAAACAACCGACUAACUGCGAAAGGAUUUCAGGACCAACACCUCAGUUUGUACCGUUCCCACCAAUCCCAUACCAGUCAUACCGAAGAGAAAUCGCGGGUUUUGAGUCCCGACCAACAUGGGGCAGGAGUCGCUACAUUGAAAGGCUGAUCGACGAAUCUCCUCACCUGCCUACCGAUCUUGACGUGUCUGAGGCAGAUGCAUUGCUGCAUGGGAUCAGUGACAAGACAUUCAAAAAAGCCGAAAAUCAUGGACCGUGUGCCAUCUCGGAAACUAGACGGCGUGUUGAACGGAUGAUGGACCUUCCUCCUUGUGCGCUCGAUCCAGGGGAAGCACUUCCACCUCCAGCUUCACCGUACACAUGUUGUCCAAAAAAGGAGCGAGUCAUUGACACACACUGUGUCGACUUGUGUCUGAGCGAGCAGGAUUUUUACCCAUGUGGAGAAAUGUCAAGCAUGUCCCUACGAGGAGGUAGUGACAGCGGAAGCUGUUGCAAUUCUCAAAAUCAGAGAUCCAGAUCCCGCACAUCAAGCAAUAGUAGGAUCAAUGAUGUGAACUCUCGUCAAUAUUAUGCAGCGCAAUUUCCACGACAGCAACGAAGCGAUCAGACCCCUCGUUAUGGGCCCAUCAACGACGAAACGGAUGACACAUUGGAUGUUGAUACAUCGAUACAAAAUAUUACAACGACAAGCAGAUACUUGGAUCCAGAAAAAUCCGGCAAUUUCAAAUGGCUUGAGGACAUGGAACACGUAACUUUUUCUGAUCCUACAGAAAUGUCCUUUACAGGGUCUGAUUCGAGAGCACGGAUGAGGUCAUUUUCUUCGAACACGACGGCGAACGGUGGAUGUCCAGAUUUCGAUGACGCGCCGUCGAUAAACGAAGAACUACACCCUGAAGAACUGAUGCCUCGAGCUGCACAGCGAAUGCAGUCCUCCAAAUUACAUCAUUCACAAAGAUCCUCGUCCCCUCCGGGCCGAUCCUCAUCUUGUUAUCGUAACAACAGAUCCUACGCUCACGAUAAUUGGGAACAGCAGAGGGGACUGAGCCACAUUAAUGAGAACAUUGAACCAUCGAUCGCAGUCGUGAGACGAAGGUACGCCAAAUCCCGAGAAGCGUCAAAUCGCCGUCCCGAAAUACACGAAAAGACGUACCGGUGGAAAGAAAUAAUUGACGAAACUGAAUCAAGCAGAAAUGAGUCUCUAUGUUCAAAAGAUGCCAACAGAAUGUCAAGCUUUGAUCCUGAGUAUUUGGAUUACAUAGAAGCUGUAAGAUCAGAUCGUAACUAUUGCUGCGAAGAUGAAGACGAAGAAAUAGAAAAACCACGUUAUUCUAAUCGUAUUAGUGGACAGGCAAUGGACAGGGAUAUGUUACAAUAUACAAAAAAAUUAAUGAGGCCACCAAAAGCACCACCGUCAUCCGGGAGAGUGAUCAUGCCGCUCUCCAAGCAGAGUCAAAGAAAACAGAGGAUCCAAGAAAUGGAAGAGACGGAUUCUCCUGAUGUGAAUGUUGACGAAGAUGAAUAAAAAUUAACACCAGACUAAUAAUUUGCAUGUUACAAUUU